AUGAAAAAUUUUCGAUACUUUAAUGUUUUUAUAACCAUUUUUGCGUUGAUCUUUAUUACUGGGCCAGUAAAAUCAUGCGAAAAAAAAUGCAGAGAGGGUAUCUCCGAUGCCUUUGCUGAUAGUUGGGGUCCAGAAAUCGCCCCGAUUUUCGAUGAUUUAAGAACCACCGUUACCACGUCUUUAUUCUUUGACAUGAAUCUCGAUGAUAUAUCAGAUGAAUGGAAGGUGAUAGAUAUAGUUACCAGAGAAUUAGCCACUGAGGUUUAUAAUCAAAUUAAUGAUUUUAAGAAUACGUACCUCAGAAACAUGUCCACUGUAAUUCAAGAUUCCAUUUUCAACGUAUUACCACAAUUUAAGGGUAAUUGUAAUGACCCUUUCCGAGUUAAACAACCUCCUCUAGGUGUAAAUUGGACAUCUCAAGAUUGUGAAAGAAUGGAUUACAUUUGCGGAAAUCCUCCUUCGAUAUGUCAUUUUAUUGGUAUUGCUAAGCAAAAAUGUUUUAAUAGUCUAAUUCAGAGAAUAAUAGAUAAUUCAGACACCAAUGGCAUUUACAUUCAGGCUAUCCAACAUAAAGUUAAAACUAUUGCGGACAAACAUAGUCUAGCGUAUGAUGGUACUAAAAGUAUUACAAAAAGUAUUACAAAAGUUGUUCAAAACUCCUUAUAUGAAUUUCCUAGUUAUUUUAAAAGUAGAUUUUGUCCUGAUAAUUGUCUACAAUAUGAUGAAGAUAUCAAAUUAUUGUUACUGUCUUAUCCUUAA